UAUAGGUAGUGCGUUUAAUUGAUCAAGAAUGGGUAAUUAUAAACCAGUUUUGUGUAUGGUUAUGUUGCAAGGUCUGUAUGCAGGACUUGCUCUGUUCACCAAAGCUGCACUAAUGCGUGGUAUGAGCCCUAGGGUUUUCAUGGUUUAUAGGCAGAUUGUUGCCACUCUUCUACUUGCUCCACUUGUUUCUCUCUCUAGAUGGAAGAAACCAAAUAAAGUUUCAUUGGGGUUGAAGGGAUUUGCCUUGAUAUUUUUGAAUGCUCUUAUUGGAAUAACAGCCAAUCACAAUGCUUUCUUCCAAGGCUUAAAAUUGUCAUCCUCAUCAAUUUCCACAGCAAUGGUAAAUUUGAUGCCUGCAAUCACUUUUGUUAUGGCAAGCUUGAUUGGGUUGGAGAAAGUAAAUGUUGGAAGCUUAAGGGGAAUUGCAAAGAUAAUAGGAACAAUUAUGUGUAUUGGAGGAGCAAUUGUUAUGGGAUUAGUGAAAGGGCCAACACUAUUAAACUCACCACAAUCUUCAUCAUCAUCAUCAUCCAUUGCACCUCAGAAUUUGCUCUUGGGUUGUCUAUUCCUCUUCAUUUGCUGCUGUUGUUGGUCAUUUUGGAUCAUUAUGCAGGUUCCAAUCUCAACAAUAUGUCCAGACCAUUCUUAUACAACUCUUUGGAUGUGUUUCUUAGCAACAAUUCAAUCAGCUAUAUUUGCAGUCUCUAUUGAUCAUACAAAAUCAGAAGCAUGGCUUCUCACUUCACAUCUUGAAAUUGGCAGUUGUAUAUACGCUGGUAUUGUUGCUAGCUUAUCUUUUACCCUUCAAACAUGGUGUGUCUCACAAAGAGGUCCAGUUUUUUCAGCAAUCUUUAAUCCACUGGCCACUGUUAUUACAACCAUCAUUGCAACUUCAUUUCUACAUGAAGAGUUAUAUAUAGGAAGCCUGAUAGGUGGUUUUACUGUGAUUAUUGGGCUAUAUGUGGUGCUUUGGGGUAAAGCAAAAGAGACCAAUAAGGUACAAGAGUUAAAGCAUCAUGAUCAAAGACCCAACACUUGAUGAAUUAAUAAUCGUGGAUGAUUCUUCUGACAAGAUUAUUCAUAGAUAAUAUAAUGUUUAAAUGUAGUGUAGUGGAGUGGACUAUGGUGUGGGGAAUUAAUGUAACUAAAUACAGUAUAAAUAUUGUUGAAAUUAACAAAGUUAUGAUUCAAUUUAUUCAAGAUGCUUAUCUUGAUUAUUAAGUCCAAUAUUAUUCUUAUUUAGUACAUUUAUCAUAUUUUUAGUGUAUAAAAAGACUAUACUGCGUACAUAACGCAGAAGUUGUUUUUCUUCCAA